AUGAAUUGUCAAGAAUUUUGGGAUAAUUGUCGAAGAGAUAUUACGGAUGGAUGGCGAAUACUUGCUGAUAAAUCAGAAGUGAAAUUUGAAUGGCCAAUAAAUUGUCCAAUUGAAGUGCGUGAACUUGUUGGACCGGAACGAUUCGAUGCACAGGAUCCGAAAUUCAUGAUGCCGUUUUUCUGGAAACGAGAUCCUGUGCCAGCAUCUCGUUCCUGGGGUAUUAUUGUUUGUGCAAUUGAAUGGAGUUUUGGUGUUAUACUAUUGCUACUCUAUUCUUUGCACUAUAUUAUAGCAUUUUUUACUUCUGAAGGUGCAACUAUUGUAGCUUUUAUAUGUUUUAUAACAUUAUUACAACUUAGUAUAUUUUUUAGCGCAAAAGUGCUAUUUGUGAUUGCAAUUUUAGAAAAGCAUGCAAAUUUACUGAAGCAACAAUUGAUAUUUCAAUAUAUAACUUGUGUUUUCCUCUUGCUCAAUGCAACAUUUACCUUUACGGCUGACAUGGGUGGCUAUAACGAGGAGUACCUAUUCGGCCGGAACGAUCCAUUCCUGAUCCGUACAGCGGCUGUCAUUUCAGUCAUUUUUAUCUUUGUUGAGCUUUACUUACGUCUAAUGACAAAAGCUGUUUACACAUUUAUCAGUGAGACAAAACGAUUUAGAAUUGCAUUAGACAAUUCAAGAUGGCGUUAUCGUAAACGUGUUUAUUUCUCGUAUUGUUCGAUAAUGCAACAAAGUUUGUCAAGUUUAGCUAAAACACAAAGUAUUCCAAAGACCGAAGAUAUGAUGGAUGUGACACGCAAAUUAACCUUAUCAUCAUCAGUGAUCAAUAAUCAAAGUGAUAAGCGUGAAGUUGUUGAUGAAAUGUGCCAAACUACCAAUGAACCGAGAGUUUUGAGAAGCCCCAAACCGAUUCGUUAUAGUUGUCGAACGACACGUAACUCACGUCAACGACAACAAAUGAUUCAACGCAAAGAAAGUCGUUCACGUUCACGUACCAAUCAAGCAGGUGUAGCUCUACUGGAAGGUAAUAGUAACAGUGCAGGUGUGACAUUUUACAUUGGCAUGCAAUUAAAUUCGAAAUAUCUUCAAAAGCUUCGUGAAGGUAAUUUGGAAGAUGUCACCAUACCAUUAAUUACCGCUAAACAACAUCGUCAACAACGUUAUCAUCGACGAUGUCAAUCAUUAAAUGAUAAUGAACGUUGA